GCAUGAAGUGUGUGUUGUACUGUGUGUUCCUCCUGUGGAUUACACUCCACAUCUGCGUGUGCGCGUCUCCUCAAGGCAUUCCCCUGGCAGUAGUGAAACUUUGGGCUUCAGCGUUUGGCGGAGAGAUUAAGUCCAUCGCUGCCAAGUACUCCGGCUCUCAGCUGCUGCAGAAGAAGUACAAGGAGUUUGAGCAGUCGGUGAGGGUGGAGGAGAUUGAUGGAAUCAAACUGGUGAAGAGACUUGCUAAGGAAAUGGAGCAGAUGUUUCACAAGAAGGCUGAGGCCAUAAAGCGGUUGGUGGAAGCAGCAGAGGAAGCCCACCUGAAUCACGAGGAGGAUCCUGACCUACAGUACGAGUACUUUAAUGCCGUGUUGAUCAACGAGAGGGACGAGGAGGGCAAGAGCGUGGAGCUGGGCGGAGAGUUCAUCCUGCAGCCGAACGAACACUUCAACAAUCUGUCGGUGAACCUCAGCCUCAGUGUCGUGCAGGUGCCCACAAACAUGUACAACAGAGACUCCGCCAUAAUGAAUGGGGUGUACUGGUCAGAGGCUCUCAAUACGGUGUUUGUGGACAACUUUAACAGAGACCCUUCGCUCAUAUGGCAGUACUUCGGCAGCGCCAAAGGCUUCUUCAGACAGUAUCCAGGUAUAAAGUGGACACCUGAUGAACACGGCGUUCUAGAAUUUGACUGUCGAAAUCGGAAAUGGUACAUCCAGGCGGCGACGUCUCCUAAAGAUGUGGUGAUCCUGGUGGAUGUGAGCGGCAGCAUGAAGGGGCUUCGGCUGACCAUCGCCAGGCAGACCGUCUCCUCCAUACUGGACACACUGGGGGACGACGACUUCUUCAACAUCAUCGCUUACAACGAGGAGCUGCACUAUGUGGAGCCGUGUCUGAACGGGACAUUGGUUCAGGCUGACAUUACCAACAAAAAUCAUUUCCGGCAGCGUCUCGAAAAACUCUUCGCUAAACGCAUCGGCAUGCUGGACCUGGCUCUGACUGAGGCCUUCGAACUCCUCAGUAAUUUUAAUCAGACGGGCCGAGGCAGUGUGUGCAGUCAGGCCAUCAUGUUAGUGACGGAUGGAGCCGUGGAGACGUACGACGCUGUGUUUGCCACGUACAACUGGCCCGACAGAAAGGUGCGUGUGUUCCCAUACCUGAUCGGUCGAGAGUCUGCCUUCGCUGAUAAUCUCAAAUGGAUGGCUUGUGCUAAUAAAGGUUAUUUUACGCAGAUCUCCACACUGGCAGAUGUUCAGGAGAAUGUGAUGGAGUAUCUGCAUGUGCUCAGUCGACCCAAGGUCAUCGAUCGAGAGCAUGACAUGGUGUGGACAGAAGCCUACGCCGACAACACUCGUCCACAGGCUCAAAAGUUGGAAGAUGCUCAGGGUCCUGUGCUCAUGACUACUGUGGCCAUGCCUGUGUUCAGCACCAAGAACGAGACCAGAAAUAAAGGAAUUCUUCUUGGAGUGGUUGGCACAGAUGUUCCAGUGUCUGAAAUACUGAAGGCUAUCCCCAAAUACAAGCUGGGAAUCCAUGGUUAUGCCUUUGCCAUCACCAACAACGGAUACAUACUCACCCAUCCAGACCUGCAGCCUCUGUAUGAAGAAGGGAAGAAGCGGAGGAGGUCCAGCUACAGCAGUGUGGAUCUGUCUGAGGUGGAGUGGGAAGACACGGAGGACGAGUUGCGUAAUGCCAUGGUGAACAGACAGACGGGGAGCUUCUCUAUGAAAGUGAAGAAGACUGUGGAUAAAGGGAAGCGUGUGCUUGUUCUACACAACGACUACUACUACACAGACAUCAAAGGAACUCCCUUCAGCUUAGGAGUGGCCCUGUCCAGAGGUCAUGGCAAAUAUUCCUUCAGAGGAAAUAUCUCUGUUGAAGAAGGACUGCAUGAUUUGGAGCAUCCCGAUGUUGUAUUAGCAGAUGAAUGGACAUACUGUAACACAGAGGAACAUCCAGAACAUCCUUUCCUAUCUCAGAUCGAUGCCAUAAAGCUUUAUUUUAAUGGAGAACCACAUCUGAAGUGUGAUAUGGAUCUGGUCCAGGAGGUUCUGUUUGAUGCCGUGGUCACGGCCCCACUGGAAGCGUACUGGACCAGCCUCGCUCUUAAUAAAUCAGAGAACUCUGAUAAAGGGGUGGAGAUAGCUUACCUCGGCACUCGAACCGGACUAUCACGCAUAAACCUUUUCGUGAUGCCAGACCAACUGACCAAUCAAGACUUCCUCACAGCCGAGGAUAAGGAGUUGGUGUUCAGUGCUGAUCACUUUCCUCUGUGGUACAAGCGGGCUGCUGAACAGGUGCCUGGCACCUUUAUCUACUCCCUGUCAUUCAACCAAGCGUCUGAGAACAAGAGUGUGGUGUACGCCAGCGGCACCAUUCCUCUGCUGGACGAGAGAGAGUCGCCCAUCGCUGCAGCUGUGGGUAUUCAGAUGAAACUAGAGUUCUUCCAGAGGAAGUUCUGGACUGCCAGCAGACAGUGUGCAGCGCUUGACGGGAAGUGUUCUAUCAGCUGUGACAGCGAUGAUAUCAGCUGUUACCUUAUAGACAACAACGGGUUCAUUAUUGUGGCUGAGGAUCUGUCUUUGACUGGUGUGUUCUUCGGGAAGGCUGAGGGAGCUGUGAUGGGCAAACUGGUUUCAAUGGGUUCCUUUAAGAGGGUGAAUCUGUAUGACUAUCAGGCCAUCUGUAGGGUGUACGCACACACCAGCGAUACGGCACACACACUCUUACACCCGUACUUCGCUCUGUUCGCUGCGCUGCGAUGGAUUCUGACCGAGCUCGUCAUAUUCCUGCUCGAGUUCAACCUGUACAGCUGGACCUCCGACCUCACCGUCACCGCUCAGAGAGGAGGCAGAACUCUGCUGGUCCCCUGUGACACCGAAUAUCCAGCGUUCGUGUCUGAGCGCACCAUUAAAGAAACCGUGGGGAAUAUUGACUGUGAAAGCUGUGUUAAGUCGUUUGUUAUCCAGCAGAUUCCCAGCAGUAACCUGUUCAUGGUGGUCAUCGACAACACCUGUGACUGCAGCGAGCUCGGCCCCGUCACCAUGGACCCCGUCGAAAUUAUGUAUAUCGAGUCUCUGAAAUGUGAGCGGUUGAAGUUUCAGAAGGACAGAAGACGCCCGGACACGUGCCACCCCUUCCAUCACGAGGAGAACUCGAUGGAGUGUGGCGGAUCCGAGAGCGUGACUCCAUCACUAACAGCUUCAGUUCUGCUACUCCUGAUAGUCCACCUCUUUCCCAGGUGAUGACAACAGGCUCCGCCCCCUUUCCCUCCUCGGCCAGCAUGCAAAAAGUGAUCAUAUAAAUAUCGAUUUACACUGGAAAACUUAACUCAUCAGAAUCACAUAGACAGCUACAAAAAAAUGAUAUUUUAAGGGAACACUUUAUAUUUAAGGUCUCAUUUAUUAAACAUUAGUUAAUGCAUUGACUAACAUGAACUAACAAUGAGCAAUAUAUUUUUACGGCAUUUAUCAACCUUUGUUAAUGUUAGUUAAUAUAAAAAAGUUUGUUUGUGUUAGUUCACAAUGCAUUAACUUAUGUUAACAUACAACUUUUUAUUUUAAUACUGUAUUUGUAAAUGUUGAGAUUAACUAAGAUUAAUAAAUGCUGUAGAAGUAUUGUUCAUGUUAAGUAAUGUAGUUAACUCAUGUUAUCAAAUGAAAGCUUACUGUACAGUCUUACCAUAUUUUAUGUUCACAUAGGUAAUAGGAAACAUCUUACAAGCAAGGCUACAGGAGACUGGUAACUGUGCUAAUUAACGGAAUUUAAGUAGGAUUCGUAAAUGUCUACAAACAAAAACAAUUGUGUCAUAAAUUUGAGAGUUUUUGUUCCGUAACUAUUAUAGUUAUACUAUUUAUGAUUUCCAGCCAUACAACUGUGACCAAUGCAAUAGAAUAGUGUAUAACAAGCGUGGAUGUUCUUUGUGAACAUUGCCUUACAAUAAGAGAUACAACUGCAGUUUGUGUACUUUUGAAAUAAAUCUUUUUAAAAAAUACAAA